AUGGCAUCUGAAUCAUCUGCGCACGAGUACUACCAGAUCCAAGCCCGGUUUCCGGUCAAAGAUUCCAACCCUGAUGAUGGCAUCAACCGCAAGGUCUUUGUCCGGCAGGAUAUCGAUGAAUGGAGCAGCAAGAAGUCGAACAAAAAGCAGGUGGAUCUUUUCAUCCUGGCUCUGGACAAUUUCCAGAAGUUGGACCCUAAAGAAAGACUGUCUUACUUUCAAGUCGCCGGUAUUCAUGGACAACCCUUUGUACGAUGGGAUGAUCCUAGCCCGGCGCCCAUGAAAAAUGGCUACUGCUUCCAUUCUCAUGUGAUAUUUCCCAUUUGGCAUAGGCCAUAUGUGCUUCUUUUCGAGCAAGUCGUGUAUGACAUCAUGAUCAAGGAGGUUAUCCCUCAAUUUCCGGAAGCCCAUCAAGCUUCAUGGCGUGAACAAGCCGAAUCGUGGCGUCUUCCCUUCUGGGACUGGGCACGAAAUGGACGUGUCCCUGACUUGGCAAAAUACCCUACCAUCACUGUUUCUGGGCCUCAGGGCGGAUCGGUUCGAAUCAACAAUCCCCUGUUUCAGUUUCGCAUGCCCACAGACAAGCCGAUGCGAAGUGAGGGCGUCGGUACUGAAAACACAUGGGAAAACGACACCGAACAGGAAGAUUAUAAGAACUUUGGCAAUGCAAUCGGAACCAGCCGUUGGCCGGACGAAGAGGACCAGAAUCCAACCAGUCAGGGCUGGCGCCACGGUGUAGUCAAUAACCGCAAAGUGGCAGACGCUUUCAAUUCUCACGAAGGAUAUAACGACAAGAACCAUGGUCCUGCAGCUGAAAUGGUGUAUCGACUGCUUACCGUGCCCAUGGACUACACUACCUUUGCAAGCACAAAUCCAACCUCGAAAGAUCAAAACGUUGAUGAAGACUUGAACAUAGAAUAUAUCCACAACAAUGUUCAUGGCUGGACAGGUGCUGCAGGACAUAUGGGAAAUGUACCAGUUGCCUCUUUUGACCCGCUGUUCUUCUUGCACCAUUGCAACAUCGAUCGUCUUUUCGCAAUCUGGCAAGCUCUCAACCCGGACAAGUGGAUGGAUAACAUUCCUGCCGACAAUGCUACCAUCCGUGAUUCAUUUGGCAAAGAGCACAUCGUGAAUGGGAACACGCCUCUUCAGCCAUUCAGACGUGAUGCUGAAGGAAACUAUUGGACGCCUGAAGGAAUUAGAUUUCCCUCCAAUCUGGGAUAUUCUUAUCCCGAACUGCCACGAUGGGAGACUAAAUACCGCCAGGAGGACGGAACACUCAACCAAGUUCUGUUCAAAGAUAAUAUCACCACCAUUAUCAAUAGAUUAUAUGGUGUGUCGCGUGAUUUGGUAUUGGACCCUAAAGCUCCAACCCCAGAGGGCGUUGAGGCAAUUGACGGUGGGCUCAAAAUUACCGACUUCGCCUUCAGUGUUCGGUUCUUGAAAUACGCAUUGGGAGGGCGGCCUUUCUGGGUCAAAUUGUAUCUCGCCCAAGAGGACGGCAUACAAACCCCACUGACAGACUUGAUCUCCGAGGUUUAUAACUUCAGUCAAAAGCCCGAGUUGGAUGGCUCUUCGGUCUGCGGGAACUGCACAAAAGGACAAAAAUCGCGCGUCAAGUCAACCGCUUACAUCCCAAUUACUCCUGUUCUUUACAAGCUUCUCAGGGGUGGACGCAAACUGAAGUCCUUGACUCGCGACGAGGUUUUGGCGUAUAUACGAAGGCGCGCAUACUGGCGGGUAUUCAAGAACGAGAAAGAAUUACCCCGCUACGAGGUUGAGAAGCUGGAGCUAGAAAUCAUUGGCAGCAGCAAUGACACCAAGCACUUCACCAACCCCGCUAUUCCACCAGCCUUCGAAAACUUCAAGAAAGAGCCUACCAUCACAGGCGGUGCUGAUGGAGCGCUGGAUCCAGAGCUGAAGCAGCCGAAGACUGACCCACCGGCUCCCCGACCGAGACGACCAAGAGCGAAUCUACCACUACAUGGCAGUCUUAAAUUCCAGCAGACUCUCAAGGCCGACAGUGUCAUUCUCAUCGAGUCGUCGAGCGUCGAUCCUGUCAAACCCGACGAUGGCAUCGACAUGACCCAAAUUUCAAUCAUGGAUGCGGAGAACGAUACUAUCUUCCAUAUCUCUAUUCGCCGAGCUCAAGGUCAAAUCAUUUUCAAUUCCAAGCUCGGUGGAUCAUGGGGUGAGGAGGAACGGAUCGACAUUGACCGUCGAUUCGACAGUGAGGAUGGUGCGACAAUUUUGAUUCAUGACCAAGGAGAAGGCUUCGAAGUUUCCAUUGACUGGGUCCACGCAAUUUGGUUUGCUAAACGUGCCCGGGGCAGGACACCACAGUUAAUUCAGUAUGAAAUUGGGAACAAAGAGGGAACCUCUGCUUUAUCCGAGGAUCUCGAAGUGCGCACCUAUCCUUCGAUGAAAGCUUUGUUCCUCCAAAAGCAUGCUCACGAGGAAGAGAAGUAG